AUGGGUUCAUCAUCAGCCUCAACAAAAACCAUAGCAGAUUCAGCAUCAUGGUAUUGUGCCAUAGUGUUAUUGUCUCUAAUAUUAUUGGGGUCCGUAAGGGAGAGCUAUAUGGCUAACGAUGACACAACCGCCGUGAGAGGGAGGAGCCACCUCGUUGAACGGCCGUGUGACGAGAUAUACGUCGUCGGAGAAGGGGAGACCCUCCACACCAUAAGUGACAAGUGUGGUGACCCCUACAUCGUUGAAAACAACCCUCAUAUUCAUGACCCUGAUGAUGUUUUCCCUGGCCUUGUCAUCAAAAUCACCCCCGUUUACACCAAUACUAUGAAAUUUUUGAGGAGGUAG